CCCUGUCGGUAAUUUACAAACAAGAAUAGAUUGUUGCGCCUGGACAAGAAACCAUGGACAAGAUCUUGGAAGCCGUCAUGCAGUCUACUUACCCCAUGUAUGUCAAGCAAAGCUUGGCUCGAAGAGUGAUUGAGGCCUCCAAGCAGCCCAUUGACAGUGAGCAAUGCUGGUCAAUGCUAGAACUUUCCACCAAGCUUUUCUUUUUGGGCGAGUCACGUUUUGCAAGGGAAACUGCCAGAGAGGUUCUAGAGGUCUAUGGAAGGUACCAUCCAGAGGAAUUUGAAGAAUUUUUCAAUGUCAGGUUCAUCUUGAACCUCCUGCAAGAAGGAUACGGAUCUCUUGGAAAGAGGCAUGCCUUCAUAUUGGACUACAUCCAUCUUGGGCUUCAUUUUCUUUUAGACAAACCCUCCACAGAGGAUAUUUUCAGACUGCUGAGGGUUGAAGUGCUCCGUAUCGUCUGCGAAAGACCAAGCCUUAAAAUUUGUGUGAGGAUCAGCAAACUCCUAACUUCCUACUCGCAGUGCAUCCCGAUGGGACAACACCAGGUCUUGUUCUGCCAGCAGCUAAUCCGAUGCUUGGGUCAGUUUCAUUGCCAUUCCGAAGACGAGGAGGGAGUUAUACAGUUCCUGGACCAGGUCAACAGAGUUAGUGGGCUACUGCAGAACAUCUGGAGGCUAGAGACAUCUUUGAUCCUGCCAUCCUUAAAGGAAUUGUUUGCUGUCAUCUCAUCAACAGAUGAGUUGGAGACUCCCUCGAAUUCCUUGGCGAGUGUGGUCCAGUACAUUCCACUGGAGCUUAUGGAAGGUGUUGUCCGAAAUCUGGCCAAUGCUGACAGCAUCACAGAUGCACAGAUGAUGACUGCCAUCAACAGGAUGAUUGACUGGGUGUCCUGGCCUUUAGGAAAGAACAUUGACAAGUGGAUCAUCGCCCUUUUAAAGGGAAUGGCGGCCGUGAAGAAGUUUAGUAUUCUUAAUGAAGUCUCUCUGGCUAAAAUACACAAGGUAUUCUCCAAGCUGCUGUACCCUGUGGUCCGAGAGGGAGCUCUCUCUGUCCUUCGAUAUAUGUUGCUGAGCUAUCAACACUCCCCCGAAGCAUUCCACCUGAUCAUUCCUCACGUCCCCCAAGUGGUUUCCAGCCUCUCUAAUGAGAACACAAAUUCAGCGGCCAGUUGUCUAGAGCAGCUUGCGGAGCUCGUCCACUGUAUGGUCUUCCGAUUCUCUGGAUAUCCGGAUCUUUAUGAGUCGAUCAUGGAAUCAAUAAAGAAACUCCCGGUACCAAAUGAAGACCGGAUAAAACAGUUGCUGGGUCAGAACGCCUGGACAUCUCAGAAGAAUGAACUGGCUCCGUAUUACCCCAGACUGGUAUCCAAAUCUGACACGGGUAAAAUCGGCCUGAUUAAUCUGGGAAAUACAUGUUAUAUGAACAGCAUCCUGCAGGCUUUGUUCAUGGCUUCCGAUUUCAGACACUCAGUGCUCUGCUUGCGGGACAGCAGCUCCCAGCCUCUGAUGAUGAAGCUGCAGUACCUAUUUGCUUUUCUUGAGCACAGUCAGCGUCCAGCAGUCUCACCAGAAAGUUUUUUGGCUUCUUCUUGGCCUCCUUGGUUUACUCCUGGCAUUCAGCAAGACUGCUCAGAAUAUCUAAAAUACCUCCUAGAUCGGCUUCAUGAAGAAGAGAAAACUGGAAAGAGAAUUUCCCAAACCUUGGCCCAAACUAGCAGUAGUUCACAAUCGAAGAACUCCCUCUUGGGCAACAGGACAUUAAUAGAGCAGAUGUUCGGUGGAAGAAUUGUUACCAAAAUUCGGUGUCUGAAAUGUCAAUGUGUUUCGGCAAGGGAAGAAGCUUUUACUGACUUAUCUUUGGCUUUUCCUCCAAGUGAAUGCACCAAAAAAAAGCUUCCUCAAGCCUCUAAUUCUUCCUCUCCACCAGAAGAAGGUGUAGGACCAUAUGAUGCUCACACAAAACCCAAAGCUCAUCCAUUACAAACCACGGACUGUCUAGAUGAUGUCAGGUGGCAUCAAAAAAUCGAGGAAAAUCGAGGUAAAGUGAGCCCAGCUGAAGCCUAUAAAUUUCAAGGAAAAGAUUCCACUAAGGACAAAGAUGAGAAUAAUUGUAUGGUGGUUGGCAUUCGGAAUUUGAGCACUGUCAACUCCUUUGAAAAAGCUGGUCCAAAGAAAUGUUCCCUUGCCCUUUCUGAUCUGAUCAACCAUUUCUUAUGCCCAGAGAUGUUGACCGCAGACAAUAAAUAUCGAUGUGAAACUUGUCUGUCUUUACAAGAUGCAGAGAAAAUUGUGGAGCUUUCCACUGGUCCACGAUACCUUAUCUUGAGUUUGCUCAGGUUUUCAUUUGAUUUGAAGGCCAUGAAGAGGAGAAAAAUCUUGGACAAUGUAUCCAUUCCACUGAUUCUCAAGUUGCCUAUCCAUGUGCCUUCUUCCCCUCAGCCAGAGAAUGAAUCUAUAGAAAGGGGCAGUAGAUAUGCCUCUAUGAAGGUACACCAGUCUGCAACCUAUGACUUGUGUACCGUAAUUGUACAUUCUGGACUGUCUUCUGAAAGCGGUCACUACUAUUGUUAUUCUAGAGAGUGCAUGGACACCGAGAGCCACAAACCACCCAGUGCUGAUAUGAAAAGGUUUCCUCCUGACAAACAUCUGGACAUGGAAAUCCAAUGGUACCUCUUCAAUGACACCAGAGUGACUUUUUCAUCCUUUGAAUCUGUCAGCAACAUAACAUCCUUUUUUCCCAAGGAUACAGCCUAUGUGCUCUUCUACAGGCACCGGCCAUAUGGCCUUCCCGAGGGAACACAAGACUUAGAAGCAGCCAAGCCACACGGUGAUAUCUCUCUAAACAAGGAGCUAAUGGAAUCUAUUACUAAAGAUAACAUCAAGUAUUUGCAGGAGCAAGAAAAGGAAGCCAGGAACACAGCAGCUUAUAUCUCCCCACUACUGAAAUCUCCUUUAUGGUGGCAGGACUUCGACAAGGACAGCGAUGAUGAUGGCUCGUCAGGAGGACUCGGCCCGUCUGCUGGAGGGGCUUCUGGAUCAUUUCAUGGUCUGGUGUUUUAGAAGAUCCUCAUGUGAUGACCCCUCAGCAUGAUCAUUGCGUAGAUUUAUUUUUCCUUGACUUGGGUAAAUAGACUGCAGAUUAUAGAAGGGUGGUGCAGCUGAUGGGACCAUUUUUUGUUUAGAUCUAUGAUCAACACCAACAGAAACAAGAUGAGUCUUAAAGCGGGGGUUCUGCGGGAAAAUCGUUUUUUUUUUUUUAAGAUGUGCAUCUACUGGUUUUAAGUUUGUUAAGCUUGUACUCACUUGUCUGUAGUUUAUAUUCACCCGCACUGUCAUUCGGCCGCAAAAAAUGUUUUAUAAAAUUUCAUCCAGGAAUGUUCCAUCUUGCUUGUGGGCAUUGUGAAGCCCACAAGCAAAUACUUCCGGGAAGCAGUGAAUGCUGAUAUCCCAGCAUUCACCGCUCUAUCCCGCGCAUUAGCAGUGUUGACGGCGUAUUCAGGUGUAUAAUGGCAUUAUUGACCUGUUUGCCAUUAAUUAAAAUGGCGGAAUUAGAUCCGCCCUCGUCACGUGACCUGCUUCCUGAGUCACGUGACGAGUAAAAUACCGCGAGAUUUCGUCUUUCGGGCGUUAUUACUAGUCUCCUGGAAAGCAUGACGCUGUGCUCCCAGGAGACAUAGCGAAAGACUCGGGCAAUGAGAAUGGGAAGCGACACGCCCACUCCCGCGGGAGACAGACCAGGAAGUGUCUGCAUAUAACCACAGAUUAAAGGUAUUUCAAUGCUUUAAAAAAAUUUAGAUAGCGAAAUGUUUAUCUAUGUAAUAAGCUCUUCUGGAUAAGCUCUACUUUAUAUUCAGGGUGAACCUCCGCUUUGAAUCAA